UACUAAAACAGAAAAACGUCAACAAUAAAAAUGUCUUCCUUACAAUCUUCACCUCUCAUAUUCUCCUCCAAUUCUUCUUAUCCAUCAUCAAAGAGAUCAUAUAUCAAUGCCGCUAUUCAAGUCCCCAAGCUUCCAAAAUUCCGUUUCACGUUUCCAAAACCAUCACCAGUACCAAAAACGACAUUAACAACAAAGCCAAACAAGCUUGCGGUUGAGGAAACAGACACUAACGACGUCGUAUUAACUAAAAACGAUAAACACAACGAAACUGUUCUCAGUACUGCAAAGCUCUACGCCGUUCUAGAAGCCGUGGCGGACAGAGUCGAAAUGCACGAAAACAUGGGCGAACAGCGCGACAACUGGAACGCCCUGUUCUUGAACUCCAUCAACAUGAUCACACUCACGGCUUCCACCAUCGCCGGAGUUGCGGCGGCGGCGCCGGGAACUUCAGCCGUUUUGGCUCUGAAGCUGUCGUCGACUCUUCUAUUCUCCGCCGCCACGGGAAUGUUGGUCGUGAUGAACAAGCUCCAGCCUUCUCAGCUCGUCGAGGAGCAGCGAAAUGCGUCGAGGUUGUUUAGACAAAUCCAAACCGAGAUUCAGACCGUCCUCUCUCUUCGCUCUCCGACAGAAAACGACGUGAAGGAAGCCAUGCAAAAGGUUUUGACGCUCGACAGAGCUUACCCUCUCCCCUUGAUCGGAGCCAUGCUCGAGAAGUUUCCCGAAAGAUUCGAGCCCGCUGUUUGGUGGCCGAGAAAGCGAUCAGAAAAUAGUAAUAAUAGUAGUAAUAGUGAUCAUAUUAUGAUGAAGGAAAUUGUGGAAGUGGUGAAGAGAAAAGACUUAGAGGAUUACGAGAGGCUGGGAAGCUUGGCGUUGAAGAUAAACAAGGCGUUGGCAUUUGCGGGGCCGUUGCUGACUGGCGUCGCGGCCGUCAGCGCUCCGUUUAUCGGUGACGGUGGGUCUUGGGGAGCCGUUACGGCGGUGACGGCGGGGGCGUUGGCUGGCGCCGUCAACUCUUUUCAGCACGGCGGGCAAGUGGGGAUGGUGUUCGAGAUGUACAGAAACUGCGCUGGCUUCUUCAAGUUAUUAGAGGAGACGAUAGAGGAGGAGAGAGAAAGUGUAGACUCAGAGGUGUUUGAGAUGAAGGUGGCUUUGCAGCUGGGAAGAAGCUUGUCCGAGCUUGAGGAGCUGGCGGCGAAAUCUGCUGCUUCUCGCGCUAAUGGAACCGCCAUUGACGAGUUCGCCAGCAAGCUUUUUUGA